AUGUCCACCAAAGUCCCCAUCUAUCUGAAGCGCAGCAGCCGCAAGGGCAAGAAGGAGAAGCUGCGGGACUUGCUGUCCUCCGACAUGAUCAGCCCACCACUCGGGGACUUCCGCCACACCAUUCACAUUGGCAGCGGCGGUGGCAGUGACAUGUUCGGGGACAUCUCUUUCCUACAGGGCAAGUUUCAUCUCUUACCAGGAACAACCAUAGAAGAACCAGAGGAGGAUGGCAGCUUCGACCUCCCCUUCCAGUUCACCCGGACUGCCACCAUAUGUAGACGGGAGCUCCCUGAUGGGCCAUCACCUCUGCUAAAGAAUGCCAUCUCCCUUCCGGUCAUCGGCGGACCACAGGCCCUCACCCUGCCUACAGCCCAAGCUCCCCCCAAGCCACCUCGCCUGCACCUAGAGACACCCCAGCCUUCCCCACAGGAGGCAGGAAGUGUGGACAUCUGGAGGAUUCCAGAAGCCAGCUCGCCCCACAAUGGGCUGACCCCAGAGUCGGAAGCCGAGGAGCCUUUCAUGUCCCAUGCCAGCUCGUUGUUGUCCCUGCAUGUGGACCUAGGGCCCUCCAUUCUGGAUGACGUCCUCCAGAUCAUGGAUCAGGACAUGGGCCACAUGCAGAUCCCCACAUAGGAUCCUCAGCUGACCAUGCAGGGCGCCCAGGCUGGGGUGACACUGGGAGGCAGGGUGCGGCCGUGGUCCACCUGUGGCCACUGUCCAGUGAUUCUUAGUUUGAACCUUUGUUUCCCUCCCUCCUGCUCUCUCCCCUCGGGAACAAUGUACCUCAUGGAUUUCCCCUAAUGACCUACUGAGGACGUGUGCAGAGGCCUACUCCACAGCAUGCCUGCUUAUGCCCUCCCCUGCCCUUCACAACAGGGGAUUCUGGUUGCAAUAAAACAUGCUGCUGCCAGAGGUUCCCCUGCCCCAGGUUCCUCCUGAAGGUGGCCCAGUUUCGGAGAGCUGUGGGCUCAGCAGGGUAAGACACCCCAAAGGGCUUGGUGAGGACAGGCCCGCCCUUCAGCAGGGUUCCACCUUGCUUCUGAGCCCAUGAAGAAGAUGCAGCAGGAACAAAUCGAGUGUCUGUUAUGGAUUUGAGGCACUGACUCAGGUGUCUGGCAAGAGGAGGCUGCUUGAGUGACCAGGGUCUGCCAGAGAGACCAAUAAUGUGUCCGGCUCCUAGGGGCUGAGCACACAUGGAAGGAAGGACAGGCUCAGCCUGGGAGGAAUCUGACAGUGCUGAUCAGUGGACUUGCCCAUCAGCACCUACUGUCUACUUGGCACGGCCUGGGUACUGGGAAUGCAAGGCAAUUCGUUCCCUUCUGUCUUGGAGUUCACAUUCUGGUGGGGAGAAGGAUAUUAAAUGUAAAUAUAAGAGACAA